AGUUUUGUAUUCUAUUAAUUACUAUCAGUCAUAUGUUAUUAAAAAUUAAGUAAAAUUUAACAAAACACUUUGUUUACAUUGGUUUCAAGUUUCAAGUGGUAGAAGAAAAUUAUUCUAUCAAGUGCAUAACCUAUACAAUAUUUUAUUAAAGUUUCAGUGCUCACUCUUAGUGCUUGUUUGUCAUUAGUGCUUUUCUUCUCCACAUAGUAGGCCUAGUAAAAUUAUUUUAAUACCCAAAAUAUAAACAAUUUAAUAAGUAAAAUCGCUCUUAUUAGGUGUUGAAAAGUGGUUAAAAUGAACCAAUGUGUCAGCCUCUCACAUAAGGGGAGCUUAUGUUUUCAAUGAGUUUUAAACUAGGCUAAAUAUUAGUGUUGCAUUUAAGAAACACCUACAAUUAAAAGUGCUCAAGGUCAUCAUUAGGCCUAAUUGUCUAAUAUGGCAGAAACUGUAAGAAUUCCAAUUUUUGGUUCUAAACCUCCUUGUGCUUAUAAAUCUCGUUUGGAAGAGAGAAAAGUAAGGACGAGAGCUCUAAGAGCAGAAAGAAAUAGAAAACCAGAGAAACCAGAUGAUUUUGUUUGUUAUGAAGAUUCAGAAGAUGAAGAUGAACUACUAACACCAUUUGCUGAAAAGGAAAUUCUUAACAAGUCAUAUAAUUGUGUUGAUUUUAUAAGAAGUAGAGAAAGUGGUUUAAGAGAACCUAAACGCUUUAAGUCGAACCAUGGUUCACGUCACAUAUUAACAAAUGAUAUGUUCAAAGAAAGGCCAAUUCAGCUUAAUACCAUGAACAAGGUGUUUUGUUCUCAGUGGCUGAGUGAUCGUCAAGUUGCAUUCGGUACAAAAUGUAACAAGCUGAUGGUGUACGAUGUGGUGACGCAGCGUAUAGAUCAGAUCCCGUCUCUGAGCAGUCGCAGUAUCAACGCAGUAGACUUGCCUCCGGAGCAGCAAUGUGGCAUUCACUCCCUGCAGAUCAACCCUUCACGCACGCUUCUGGCCACAGGAGCCAAGAACAGUUGUGAUGUUGCCAUCUAUAGGUUACCCACGUUGGACCCUGUCUGUGUUGGAGAGGGAGCGCACAAAGACUGGGUCUUCGACAUGUGUUGGUUGGACGAUCAGUUCCUGGUCAGCGGCUCGAGGGACGCCCGCAUGGGUCUGUGGCGGAUUUCUGAUCCUGACAUGGGCAAAGACAGCGACAUCCCGACGUACCAGUCCAUCUCCGCCGUGUGUGUCAAAGAGUGCAAAAGUGCGCAGAAGGUGCGUGCGCUCGUGUUCAAUAAGCGUGCGCGUGAACUUGCCGCCCUCUCACUCAACGGUUACAUACACGUCUGGAGCGCAGAAACAUUCCAACAGAUAAUCUCCCGCAAAUUGCCGUCAGUUCAAGAGAAUGUUUGCAUGGCUGUCAGAGAGAAUGGUUCAAUGUAUGCUGUUGGUUGCCGAUCAUACACUCUCCUCUUGGACUCUCGGACAGUGCAAGCGAUAAAGAAAAUUCCUUCCAGAUAUAGUGGUUGCGGUAUUCGAUCUGCCAGUUUUCAGACAGAUACAUUGACGAUAGGCACUGGACUCGGGAUGAUCAUGUUUUAUGAUCUGAGAGCCAACAAAUACUUAGAAAGUUCUAUUAACUCCACUCGGACAGUUGUUCUGAAAGCUUCUCGGGGAUACGUGUUUCCUGAUGAAGAGUACUUGGACGGGUUUCAACAGGUUCGCUACACUCCGGCCAUCUAUACCCAUUGCUUCGACUUUUCUGGGACACGAUUGUUCACAGCGGGCGGACCCCUGCCGGCGAAUCUCUACGGAAAUUACGCCGGUCUCUGGCGAUAACCAAAUGAAUUCUAGCACCUUUCUGUCGAUACAAUAUUUACAUUAAUUUAUUUGCUUUCGACAGUUUUAUGUACCUGUUACUUUAAUGUUGAACGUGGUCUUUUAUAUACGUUAUUGAAAAUGUUACAGAUUAAACCAUUUGUUAUUUUAUUUUAUUAUUAAGCAUUUUCUGUACAUGUAUUUAUGUUGUGUAUAUUUAGGUGAUUUAUAUUUUUAAUCACCGGACAAAAUCUUUUUGAGAAUAUUGUAUUUUUAAUGUUUUUUAACUUCUUUUAGUUUGUUUACCUUUAAAGAUUGGUAUUAUCGUUUUAUUGAUUUCUAUUUGGUCAGAAACAUAUUGAUCGUUGAUGUUAAUACAGAGUAACGUUCUGUUGCAUUACACUGCUAUGUUGUUUGUUACAUAGAAUUAACCUUCAAACAUAAAACACUGUGAACAUGACUUUAUGUUGGCCUGUGUAUGGAAAUUUUCUCCUGACUUUUGUUAAUUAUUAACUUUUCGAAAAAGAAGUUCACUCGGUAGCCCAAGAAAACAGUUUGAGACACAACCAUUUGUGGUAUCUGCUUACCAUGGGCAAUAUCUGUGUAAGUGCUGAUUCCAAAAUUUUAAUUAUAAAACACUAAUAACAAAUUAUUUUAAAAAUACCAUGUUGGGUAGGGAAUUGUAAACCCUAAUUUUAAGCAUUAAAAUGUAUAACUACUACAGUCUAUUCAACGAGUGUUUACACUUCGCACACAGCGUGGUGAGCCUCUGGGGUUUUUACCAACUAGAAAGAGUGAAACUCAGGAGAGUGCACAUGGGUUGUUCAAAUUCCUAGAAUAUUGGCAUGCUGAGUUUACAUAGUCACUCACACCUUCCUUCACUCGAGACACUUUUAGUAUAUUGGUGCCUCUGCAUUGCCAGUAAAGUUCAAAUUCAGUGUCGUUUUUAGUGUGUUAAACAAAUAAAAAGAACCUAUGAUAUUGAGUUUUAUCAAAUUUUUUCAAUUGACGGUUAUGAUAUGAAGUUGGCGGCACCCGCGUAUUGCGUUACAACUUGGGUUGUAGAUGUAAAAAAAUAUCAGAAUUGGCUAAAGAAACGAUUCCAUCAAUUUUUAUAGUAUUUGAUAACUGGGCGGUUACAACUUCACGUUGCCAGUGAGUUGGCACUACUGUGAACCAGCCUAUCACACGUCACAGCGGUCGUGGGGGUCCCUUCACUCUCAAUACUCGGAUGAAUCUACUGUAGUAAAGUAGUAAUCAUUCUGGUGGCCAAAAGAACAGGUGGUAAUUCCUAAUUAAUGUAUAUUCUAUGAACAAGAGCUGUUCACACAUUUUCUAUUUUUAGUGUUUUAUAUUAACCCUUUGCCAUCGGCAUUAAACUUAUUUGAUUGGCCUCUCAUAUCACCGGGCCACUAUGGUGACCAUGGCUGUCAGAUAAUUUAUUUAUGACCACAUCCUGUCCUCAAGCUCGACGGGCCACUACAUGUGGCCCACUGUGUUGUGCAGUUGUAAAAUUCAAUCCUUAUCCAGUUUUGACAGAAAAGUGCUGCAACCUCUCAGUCAAAUAAGUAACUAAAAUUGUAUGUUAUUUGCAGCAUAUACCAUAGUAAACAUUGUUCAGAAUAAUUAUGAUUUAUACCAGUGCAUUUGGUGGAGAUGAAGCUCGAAAUAUGGAAAUGAGGUUAUAUUCUGUUGAUACUAAAGACCUACUUGAAACUGGUUUUAUUUUCAUUCUGAAAAUAAAAAUGCUUUAAAAACAGAUCAACCAAUAACUUUAUACUUAGUUUAAAAUCAAAUAAUAAAUAACCAAUCAAUGAAGUUUCAACGUUGAAGCUAUUAAACUUUGUAAAUUAUUUGAGAAUUUCAUUUCAAUCUCAGUGAUUUUAAGGGACGAAGGUCAAAUACUGCUUCUUAAAUCUGAGUCGAAGUGGCGUACAUGGUUACACAAGCCCCAAGUGGUGACGCAAAAUCCAGCCGGCCACUGUGCGUGGCCCGGCGAGCUGAGAGGACAACCACUUGAGACUACAUUCGAGCUGAGCGAGAGAUAAAUUUUGACCACAUCAGUGGCUGUCCGAUCGCAAAGGGUUAAGUUAGUGUUGUACAUAAUAAUUUUGAACAAUAUUCGAUAAAUAAGUCCAAAAUAAAUCAAGAUUAAUGGAACUUGAUUAAAUAUUCAUCCUGAAAAAGGCUGUAAUUGAAUACAUAAUUCUAUAUUGACUAUCCCUUAGUUUAAAAGACAGCAUAAUUAAGAUAAUUACUUGAAAAUUUUAACAAAUCGUACCAAAAUACCAUUGCUAGUAAGAGGCAGGCAAUGCAAUUUGUGAGCAACAGACAAAGUUUUUUACCUGGUACACACAUUUAAUAGUACCAUAGUCACGGAUGACAAUUUAUGUGUGAAAUUUAAUAAUGGGAAGUCUUCCUGACAAUUCCAUCAAAUGCUUGAAUGUAAAGAAUAAUUUCAAACAAAUUAUAAAAUAGGUUAUUUGAAGGAAACAGGAUUUUUCCGGACAUUUGCCAUUGUUCAGUGAAACAAGAAAUCAGUAACACUACGUUUCCCGUACGUUAUGUAUUAGGUUAGUUAUUUACCUGAAGAAGAGAUCAGAUUGCAGAUAACGUAGUGUUACUGAAAAAUCCUGUUUCCUUCACAAUCCUUCCAUCGUCAAAAAUAACCUUCAAACAAAGGAUAGGUUUUUUAUGAAGUGAAACAUUAUUGCAACAUAAUACGUGAUUAAAUUUACAAAACGUGAGCCAAAUAUUUAGGUCGGACAAAUAUUGUUGUGACCAAAUGUGACAUAAUUUAGUUUGUAGCUCAAAAACUUAUAGUGAUUUUAAGGAUUUUAGAUGCUUUCCAUCGUUAACAAUUUUUGUCACAUAAUGAUGACAAAUAUCCUAAAUUUGCAUUAUCCUUUCAAACCAUCCACGAUCAUUAACAAACUUUAAACUUGUAAUUUUGUUGGGAUAUUCACUUUUUGUAAUUAAAGGGUUAACAACAUAAUAUUUUGGGCUGGACUCAAAUGUAUUGUUUUGUUUUGUUCGCCCUGUCAUUAUUUGCAAUUGUGGCAGUGAGCACUCCAAAGCUGUUAUUUUGUUUUUGUUUUUUAAAUUAUGAUUGUGAUUAAUAUUUAUUCUCUUUUAUCGGAGUUUAUGUAGAAAAAAAUAAAACUUUUUUCUGUUUAA